AGAACAAAACAUCACAGUUCAAAGUACAGUACGCAGGAAGCGAGGAGCAAAAUGGUUGACAAAUACGAUGUUGCAAUAUACUGUAAAGCCAUGAUAAAGGCUCCUAACGUUCGAGAUAAAUUUACGUCGUAGGUUUAAAGAAUUAAUCUCUAGGAGCCUUCUGGCUAGUAAUAUAUAGACUCUAGUGACGUCUUAAUUUCAUCGUUUUUCAGACGGAGAGACAAGGGCCCUUUGUAUUUGGGUCAGUUGUUUCCGGGGUUGUUUCAGGUAGAUGACAAGAAAGACAAGUUAACAAAAUGUCAGGCAUGAGGAGAUUGCAGACUCUCCUGCACCAUUCUUCCAAGUUAAAUUCUUUCGCUAGACAAAAUGUAAAUCAGUCCAAGACAACCUCCCCAUUAGACAUGAUGUUUAGCUCAAGGCAUGGUCCUGCUCUUCAAGUCCAUCCUAGGAUUGGUUUUGCAGAUGACCAGCUUGAUGUGAGGGCCACUGGAUUACUUCCAGGUCAACUUGUAAAGCUGCAGGCAGAAGUAGAGUCAGAAUGCCAAAGGUUCAAGUUUCGAUCAGAGGCUAUGUUUCAAGCGGAUGCCAAGGGUCAAGUCAUAGUCAGUGAGCAUGCAUCUCUUGGAGGAACCUAUGAAGGUGUGGAGCCUAUGGGCCUAAUCUGGAGCUGUAAACCUGUACCAGAAGUAGCUCAUCUUUACCCUAGAUUGAAGAAAGCAGAUUCAAGACAACCACUGAAGUACACCAUAAAGCUUUUAGAUCGUGUCAAAUCUGGAAAUGCCUUGCUUGCAUCUGAGGUUGUUGAGAGAUGCUAUCUGGCAGACUUUGUUGAAAGGAGAGAAGUUUCUACUGGUAAAUGCCAUGGGGUAUUCUUCUUCCCAAAACAGAAAGGUAACUCUGAUCCUCUCCCAGUGAUUGUUGAAUUACGAGGUCUUGGUAAUGGAGUCUUGGAAGAUCGUGCUUCUCUUCUGGCAUCUUAUGGUUAUGCGGUCCUUGAAAUAGACUUCAUGGCUUCAUUUGAAUCUACAAGAGACUUAAAUGUCUUUUAUUUUGAUGCGCAAGCAUUCCUGGAUUUAUUUCAGUACAUUGAAAAGCACCCUCGUUUGGAUGCAUCUCGAGUGGGUCUAUUUGGCUUCUGUACUGGCAGUACAUUGGCUCUCCAAGGAAUUUGCAGAUUAAACCUUCCUCUUAGAUGUACUGUAUUCUCCAGUAUGUUUGAGUUGAUGAUGAGUGUCGUCGGAAUGAAGAUGCCUGAUGGAACGUACAUGGAUCCUCUAGGGAAGUAUCGCAGGAAAGUACUGCAGGAAUUACGUGCACGUAAUUUGGGACGGUACUACAGAAAUGUACAACAGGAGUACAACAGGUCCGUGUCCUGUGAUACUUCCUGUGGUAAUAACCGCAUAAGUAUGGCAGGAAGUAUGACAGGACACGAUCACCACAACCGCUACAACAGCUACAACCACUACCACACCACUACUAGUACUACAGGACAGUAUCACAGGAAUAUCACAGGAUAG